AUGACGGUGGAGGACGGAGACCGGUGCUCGCCGGUGAAGAACUGUCGAUCUAUCUCCACGUGUUUAGUUCGAGCUGUUAUCACUCGUUCACAGUAUAUUAAGGAAGCAACUGAACUAGGUAAGAAGGCAAGAGAAUUGAAGAAAACAGCUGAUGCGCUUCGUCAGGAGGAAAAGAGUGGCUCAAAGGGAAGGAAGUGGCGUAAAAAUGUAACGGCAGUAGAAAAGGAGCUGCUUCUUCUGGAAGAAGAUGUAAAGGCUUUAGAAGAGAUGUAUCCUCAAGGUGAAAAGGAGAAGGAACAGUCUGCUCUUCGUGCACAGAGCAGCUCUGUUAGAAGCAGCAAAAGCCAAGCUAAGAUUACUGAAGAAAGCGUGCCGAAGACUGUGAAGUUCCAACCCUUCAUCCAAGAAGAAGCCUUAGUUAGUACACACAAUGAUGUUUUCCCAAGUACAGCAGAGCAAUUCUUUGACCUAUUGUUGAAUGAUGACUCAAAUUUUAUAAAUGAGUAUCGUUCAGUCCGAAAGGACACUAACCUUACAUUUUCGCAUGAUGAUCAAUUUGAGAAGUUUUCAAUCUUCAGCUUGGGUAAUGAUUCUUCGUUAAAUUUAGGAAACUGGGGAGAUGAUUGCAAAUGUUCUUGGGUAGAAGUUUUUAGGCAGACAAUUGCUGGUAACAUUCUUGUGGGCAGCUAUUGUGCCUUCUCCAAUAAAGGUGGCCUGGUCCAUCCUUAUACAUCCAUUGAAGACUUGGAUGAACUUUCAACCCUCCUUCAGGUCCCUUUGGUGGCAGGGACUGUGAACCGUGGUAGUGAAGUGAUAGCCGCUGGCUUGACAGUUAACGACUGGACAGUGUUCUGUGGAUCAAACACUACAGCAACAGAAUUGUCAGUCAUUGAGAGUGUCUUCAAGUUGCGAGAUGGUGAUGUGGGAAUUUCAGGAGAUGGCUACAGGUGGCGCAAGUAUGGACAAAAAAUGGUAAAGGGAAAUCCUCAUCCCAGGGUCAAGCUUCAGAAUGGGCGCUGUUGAGACGUCAUUCAUCUGAAGAAUUGUUUGGGGUUCAGAUAUGUGGGGCAUAUCCUGACACAGUUGCCUGGAUAGUUGAACUUAUAGAUCAAGAAUGUACAGUGGACUUCAUCGAUAUCAAUAUGGGGUGCCCAAUUGAUAUUGUUGUUAACAAAGGUGCUGGAUCAGCUCUUCCUACAAAACCAACGCGUAUGAAAAGCAUUCUACAAGCAGCUUUUGGUACAAUUGAUAGACCUAUUACUGUCAAGGUACGAACAGGUUAUCUGGAGGGAAAAAACCGCAUUGAUUUGUUAAUUGAAGAUAUUGGAAAAUGGGGAGCCAAUGUGGUAACGAUACAUGGGCGAUCACGUCAGCAACACUAUAGCAAGCUUGCUGAUUAGGAAUACAUUACCAGUGUGCAAGAAAGGCUCCCGAUGCUUUGCAAGUCCUGGGGAAUGGUGAUGUCUUUACAUAUUUAGACUGGAACAGGCACAAGUCUGAUUGCCCUGACCUUUCUACAUGCAUGAUUGCUCGUGGAGCAUUAAUUAAGCCUUGGAUAUUUACUGAAAUCAAGGAGCAGAGGCACUGAGACAUAAGUUCUGGGGAACGUUUAAAUAUUUUGAAGGAGUACGUUCGCUUUGGACUAGAUCAUUGGGGUUCUGAUGCCAAAGGAAUAUGAUGAAGUUUUUUUUAUUUGUUCUUGUUCUUUUACCUUUUUCCCCUCUCUAAUUCUUUUUGUCUUGUUUAAUUGGAUUAUAGUGUACUGUAUGGUUCCAAAUGUAUCAUCUAUUGCAUAUAGUUUAGGCUCAUCUUUGGAUAUAGUUGGAAGACAAGUGGUAUUUUUAAUAUUAUAAGUCAUAUUAAUGUGCUUUCUA